AUGGUCAUCAUCAACACCCAGAAGAAGCGUGUUCCGUUCGCAGCUUCUCUUCUUCGAACCUGCAGGACCAUUCAUGCCGAGGCUCGUGGGAUCUUCUAUUCUCAGGCUAUUAUCAUUGGUGGCCAGGUUGAUCCGGUCGUUUGGCUACGUGGCAUAGGACCGGGAAACCGGUUCUAUCUGCGCAACAUGCAUCUCGGAUCGACAAUGGGCUUCGACCUCCCCCGCAAGAACUGCCAGGCCGUCACUCGGAAGGUGGCCAAGUUCUUGGCCGACGCACCCAACCUCAAGUCUCUGGAGAUCCGGGCUAUGCGCAUCCCUGACAUUGACUGGGAUCUUCACAAGGAUCUGAAUGGCCAAAUGCAACAGAGGCCAUGGUUCAUCGCAGCGCAGCACAUUGCUAAACUGAUAUACGACGAAUUCCGUCCGGUAUUUUCAGCGGCGCUAUCCCGUGGCCAGACUCCGCAGCAGCUUUGCACCUCUGUCAAGGCCCAUAGGAACCUCUUCUCCGGACAAUCAGACCAGGGACGUGCCUUCGCUACGGAUGUGCUCGCUCUACGCCUGAAUCAAUGGGAGAUUGCUGGGGCAGAGGCAGAAGUAGCUGAACAUUUAAAGUUGCUACUUGAGAGAAACCUACGCCACCGCUGUCACCCUCGCUUUAAGCAACAACCUGGGAUAGUCUGA